AUGACUGAAUUCAGACGAGCUCCAGCAGCAACCAUCCGCAGUGCCUUCGAGCAGGCGGGAACUUACAGCCAAGCUCGCUCCAUUCUGGAGGCGAGCGAUGAGAAAGAAUCGCUGAAGUGUUCUCGGCCAAAGAAGCCCGCGCCUCCAUGCGAAGUGCCGGCGAUGCUCCAGAAAGAAAUGGAUCUUGGGCCAGAUGCUGUGGCCAUCGGCGAAGCAUUGAGGAAAAGGAAGCAGGCCACACUUUUACUUGACCCGCAGAACCUGCGAUGCGAGAGGGAGAUGAAGCGGAUCCUGUCAGGGGAGGAGCUGUUUGCACCAGCCUUCUGUUGUCUGGCCUGCGUCCCACCUGCGUCUGUCAUCUGUGAGCACAGUGAGCCUGUGGGCCUGGCAGGAGUGAAGCUGAUGUACCAGGUUGCCUGGACACAUCUGGUUGUCAAGGGCAUUUCACAGACACUGCUUUACAGAAGGCCCUUCCAAGGUACGGUACUCCAGGCGGUCAGCCGCUCUGGAAGCUGCGAACUCUGGACUUACAGCCCUCACUGUGAUUUCAUGGUGCAGAUGACGGAUCACAACGAUGGUGUCGUGAAGUGUUUGGAUCCGGAGUGUGGAAAGAUCACCUGCCGUUGGUGCAUGAAGCCCGAGCACAACCCUUUAAAGUGCGACGAGGUCGAGAACGAUGGGGAGACCAGGAUAAGGACUUUUCUGGAAGAGAAGAUGGCCGAAGUGGCCCUAAGAAGGUGCCCCAACAAGAGGUGCCGGAAACCUUACGAGAGGGAAGAGGGCUGCAACCACAUCAAGUGUCCCUGUGGCACCCAUAGCUGCUACCUUUGCGGCGCCGAGCUGGACAAAAAAAGACCUUACGACCACUACAAGGAUGGCCACUUGGGCGGUGGCAAGAAUGACACCUCGUCCCGAUGCAUAGUGUAUGGGACCCCGGCUUGGUCAGAAAAGACGGCGAAGCAAAAGCAGCAGGAAACAGAGGAAGCGCUGAAGCAGUACUUGAAGGAGAAUCCGGAACUGCAAGACAUCGUUGCGGGGACCAGCGCGGCCAAGAAGAAGAGGUUGAAGCAGCUGAUGCAGACGACUCCAGAGCGACGCAAUGGCAAAGGAUCUCGACACAGAAGCGAGAAUUCCAACCUUCCAGACACAGCCACGCUGCGGCAAGGAGCUGGCAGCGAAAGGUGGGAGUGUGCUAUUAUGAGUACUAUUACUAUUACUAUUAUUAUUAUUAUUACCAUUAUUAUGAUUACUAUUAUUAUUAGUAUUUUUAUUCGUACUACGAUGAUUUUGAUGAUGAUUAUUAUUCGAAACCUUUGUGAUGUGUGA